ACAUGCUUAGAUUUCUUGUAUUGACCUCUCUCGCAGCCCUCGUGCUGGCUGAGCUGGAGCCCCAGCCCAGGUACCUAGAGGAUGACAUUGCUCAGGAGAGAGUUGUGGGAGGUGAGGUGGCCAGAGCCAACUCCUGGCCCUGGCAGAUCUCUCUUCAAUACAAAUCUGGUACCAGCUACUACCACACCUGUGGAGGAACCCUGAUCAGGACAGGAUGGGUCAUGACUGCUGCUCACUGUGUGGACAGAACCCAGACUUGGCGUGUUGUUCUUGGAGAUCACAACAUCAACUCCCACGAGGGCACAGAGCAGUACAUGAGCGUGAGCCGUGUUUACAUCCACCCCAACUGGAACUCCAACAAUGUUGCGGGAGGGUGGGACAUUGCUCUCCUGCGUCUGACCAAUGUUGCUACUCUCAACAACUUUGUCCAGCUUGGUGCCCUGCCUCCCUCUGGUCAGGUCCUGCCCAAUAACAAUGCUUGUUACAUCAGCGGAUGGGGUCGUACCCAGACUGGAGGUCAGCUGUCUGCCCAGCUGAAGCAGGCCUACCUGCCUGUUGUUGACUACAGGACCUGCUCCAGCAGUGGAUGGUGGGGUAGCACUGUGAAGGACUCCAUGGUCUGUGCUGGUGGUGGCAGCGAAUCUGGUUGCCAGGGUGACUCCGGCGGCCCCCUGAACUGCAAUGUCAAUGGCAAGUGGGUUGUCCACGGUGUUACCAGCUUUGUGUCCUCCUCUGGCUGCAACGCCUACAAGAAGCCCACUGUCUUCACCCGUGUCUCUGCCUACAUCAGCUGGAUGAACAGCAUCAUGGGUUGAGAAGAAGUACGAUCUCCAUGGAGACAAGCGAACAUUCAUUUCAGUUUCUG